GGGGGGUCGAGGCGUCACUUCCGGCGUCGCUCUGCACUACCGCUGUGACUCGGUGGUUCCGGCGCGAGGGCGGCGGCGGUGAAAGUGACUUUGAGAGGAGAGGGCGCUAAUUAGGGGCGAUGGCGGAGGAGAUCAAAGAGAAACUAUCGCGGUACCGCACGGCGCCGUUUGACAGUCGAUUCCCGAACCAGAACCAAACCAAGAACUGCUGGCAGAACUACCUGGACUUCCACCGCUGUGAGCGGGCGUUGGGGGCGAAGGGUUCGGAUGUGUCCCCGUGUCAGUGGUACCGCCGCGUCUACCGCUCCCUCUGCCCCAUCGAGUGGGUGACAACGUGGGACGAGUACCGCGAGGAGGGGACCUUCCCGGGCAAGAUCUGAAGCCCCUGGAGAAGACGGGGCCACCACGGGGCCACCACGGAGGGGACACGGGCGGUUCCUUCACCAAUAAAGACUUGACGUGA